AUGGCUAUGGUUGGAGCAAAGGAAAAUAAAAGAAUGUCUACACUUUUAAAAUGGGCUCAAAAUACACAAGGAAAAUUUAACGGAAAAAAUAGUAAUGGAACUACAAACGGCGAAAGAAAAUGGAUUCAUCCUCCUGAGGCAUUGCAGAAAGGACACAUAGCAUAUCUCGUCAAAUUUUUAGGCAACACGGUAGUCGAUCAACCAAAAGGCAUAGAAGUAGUCAAGGAAGGUAUACGUAAGUUGCGAUUUAACCAGCAAUUAAAGAAGAGUGAAAGUGGUGCCAAAACUAGAAAAGUCGAACUAACUAUAAGUAUCGAUGGCGUCGCCAUUCAAGAACCUAGGAGUCACAAUAUCAUGCACCAAUUCCCAUUGCACAGGAUAUCCUAUUGUGCGGACGAUAAGGGCGAGAAGAGAUUCUUUUCAUUCAUAGCGAAGCAACCAAAUCAAGUGGAUAAUGAAGCAGAAGAAACCCACGAAUGUUUUGUUUUCAUCUCGGAUAAAUUAGCAGAAGAAAUAACGUUAACGAUCGGCCAAGCUUUUGAAUUAGCCUACAAAAGAUUUCUGGAGACGUCCGGAAAAGACUUAGAAUCUCAGCGGCAAGCGAUGAUCCACCAACAAAGGAUCAAACGAUUAGAACAAGAAAGUAACAUAUACAAACAACGAUUGCUCGACAUUUCACACUUCGCCAGUAUUAAGUUAGAAUUAGAUCAAUAUUUGCGCAACCAUGACAUUAAAAAUAUUCUGGAAAUCAUCGGGCAGAACGACAAAUCGAGCAACAACAAAACUCAGCCGUUGACCAACGGUAGCACGAAAUCACUGUUGGAUCUUAGCGAGUCUACGAAUGGAAAUCUACCUCCAGUUCCACCGAGGAACUUUGAUAACACGCCAGCAGUAGGAACCAAACUUGAAGGUUUACUCUUCAACGAGUUGGAUCCCGAUAACGAUUUCAAUCCCAGAUCGUUCGAAACCAACUCCACAUCUACCACCAACGGUACCGCAUCUAGUCCACCUCUAAUCGCACCGCCACCAAAAGCAGCCAGGCGGUCCAAUCUACCCGCCAAUAAUGGUAGCAACAAUGAAACGAGUAGGUCACCAGGUCAAGAUUUGUUCGGAACCAUACCUUUCACACCAAAUUCAACAGGCAACUUUAAUAGUAAUAAUAAAGUGUUGGACCCAUUCGAAAUGGGAGAUUUUGCAACUACCCCAACGCCGCAGGACAUUGAAAAUGCUAUCGGAUUAUUGGACAAGAGGAUACUAGAAAUGAAGACUGGAUUUAGCCGUGGAAUCAGUUUCGGCAACGACGAUUUCUCAUUGGAAAUGCUGGAUCCUCUAAAAAACUAA